AUGGCACUGAGGGCGUGCGGAUUAAUCGUCUUCCGGAGGGUUCCGCCAGCGAACAAUAUCGAAUUCCUCUUAUUGCAGACUUCCUAUGGGAAACAUCACUGGACUCCACCCAAAGGCCACGUGGACCCCGGAGAGGAUGACAUGACUACGGCUUUGCGGGAAACCGAAGAAGAGGCGGGGCUACACCCCGGCCAGUUCAGCGUGGUGGAUGGAUUUCGGCAGGAAUUAAAUUACAAUGUCAAGGGCAAAGCGAAGACUGUCAUCUACUGGCUGGCGGAGCUCAGAGACCCCGGCGCACGGGUGAGACUGUCCAAUGAGCACCAAGACUUCCGCUGGCUGCCGCUACGAGAGGCCUGUGAAUACGCAGGGUACCAGGAUAUGCAGAAAACACUGAACGACGCCUCGCAGUUCCUGCAGGGGGACCUCAGACAAGGAGCCAGCCUCCAGUAA